AAAUCCGGAGCCAUGGUUGAUGCUGCUGUUUUGGAAAAAUUGGAAGCUGGUUUCACCAAGCUUGCCGCCUCCGACUCAAAGUCAUUGUUGAAGAAGCACUUGUCACGCGAAGUCUUCGAUAAGCUUAAGAACAAGAAGACCUCCUUUGGAUCAACUUUGUUGGACUGCAUCCAAUCGGGUAUUGAAAACUUGGACUCUGGAUUCGGUAUCUAUGCCCCAGAUGCUGAAGCCUACACAGUUUUUGCUGACAUUUUCGAUCCAAUGAUCAGAGACUAUCACGGUUUCGCUAAAGAUGCCAAGCAUCCACCACGUGACUUCGGUGAUAUCAACUCAUUCCCCAAUGUUGACCCAACUGGUGAAUAUGUUGUAUCGACCCGUGUCCGUUGCGGUCGCUCAAUGGACGGUUACUCAUUCAACCCACGCUUGACCGAAGCCCAAUACAAAGAAAUGGAAGACAAAGUUAGCUCAACAUUGAGCGGUUUGGAAGGUGAAUUGAAAGGCAAAUACUACCCAUUGACCGGAAUGACCAAGGAAGAUCAACAACAAUUGAUCGAUGACCAUUUCUUGUUCAAGGAAUGUGAUCGCUUCUUGCAAGCCGCUAACGCAUGCCGUUUCUGGCCAACUGGUCGUGGUAUCUACCACAAUGACGAAAAAACCUUCUUGGUCUGGUGCAACGAAGAAGAUCAUUUGCGUAUCAUUUCCAUGCAAAAAGGUGGUGACUUGGGUGAAAUCUACCGUCGUUUAGUGAACGCUGUCAACGACAUCGAAAAACGCAUCCCAUUCUCACAUCACAAACGUCUUGGUUUCCUCACCUUCUGUCCAACCAACUUGGGAACUACCAUCCGUGCUUCAGUGCACAUUAAAGUACCAAAAUUGGCCAAGGACUACGCCAAGUUGGAAGAAGUUGCCGGCAAAUACAAUUUGCAAGUUCGUGGUACAUCUGGUGAACAUACAGAAUCGAUUGGAGGAAUCUACGAUAUCUCCAACAAGCGUCGUUUGGGCUUGACUGAAUACCAAGCCGUCAAGGAAAUGUCAGAUGGUAUCCUUGAGCUCAUCAAGAUCGAAGCUAGCUUGUAAAUGGCUUGAGACUUCCCACCAACCGCGCCCAAGAGAUCGAUUGAUUCGAAUUGUUUUUAUUUUCACACUCAACAAUUGGCCAAUUGGCAAUAAAUGAAUUGAAAAAAAAACAACAACAACA